AUGGCUGAUACCUCUGCUGCCUGGCCCUUGGCCGACGAGAGCCUGACUCAGAGCCUUCUGGACCUUGUCCAGCAGGCCUCCCACUACCGCCAGCUCAAGAAGGGAGCUAACGAGGCCACCAAGACCCUCAACCGCGGUACCGCCGAACUGGUCAUCCUCGCCGCCGACACCUCCCCGCUCGCCAUCGUCAUGCACAUCCCCCUUCUGGCCGAGGACAAGAACUGCGUCUACGUCUUCGUCCCCAGCAAGCUCGCUCUCGGCCGUGCCUGCGGUGUCUCCCGCCCCGUCAUCGCCGCCAGCAUCACCACCAACGAGGCCAGUGACCUGAUGGGCCAGAUCCGCACCCUCAAGGACAAGGUCGAGAGACUCAUGCUGUAA